AGGGUUUUAGAGUAACGAAGGCACAUAGGAUAAGGGAAACGGUUAAUGGAAAGCAGAGUUUCCCCAAUUUAGUGAAAGUCGCCCCUCCCAAACCCUAGUUCAAUCAUCCCUCCUUCGCCGCCGAUGGCUGCACUCGAAGACCCUCGCCCCGCCGUCAACGGCGCCGCCCCCCACGUAUCCAAGAAGCCCAAGCUUUCUUUUAUUACGGAAUCGGAACUCCGCGACGAAUUCGCCCACCACCAGCCCGGAAUCGCGCGCCUCAACAACGGCAGUUUCGGGAGCUGCCCCUCCUCCAUCAUCGCCGCUCAGAGAAGGUGGCAGUUUCGGUUCCUCCGCCAGCCCGACGACUUUUUCUUUAAUCAACUGCAGCCUCAAAUAAUUCAAUCCCGCGCUGUUAUUAAGGAUCUCAUCAACGCCGACCAUGUCGAUGAGGUGGCCAUCGUCGACAACGCCACCACAGCUGCCGCCAUUGUUCUUCAGCACGUCGGCUGGGCAUUCGCCGAAGGCCGUUUUCAGAAGGGUGACGCUGUUGUCAUGCUCCACUGUGCUUUUCAGGCUGUUAAGAAGUCAAUUGAGGCCUAUGUUACUAGGGCUGGGGGGUCUGUCAUUGUGGUUAACCUGCCUUUUCCCGUCAAUUCGAAUGAGGAGAUCAUAGCUGAGUUUCGGAAAGGCUUGGCUAGAGGUAAGGCAAAUGGCAAGAAAGUGCGAUUGGCGAUAAUUGAUCAUAUAACCUCAAUGCCUUGUGUUGUGAUUCCUGCACGCGAGCUCGUUAGGAUUUGUAGAGAGGAGGGCGUGGAGCGCGUCUUUGUAGACGCUGCUCAUGCCAUAGGAAACAUUCAUGUUGAUGUGAAGGAUAUUGGGGCUGAUUUUUAUGUCAGCAAUUUGCACAAGUGGUUUUUCUGCCCUCCAUCUGUUGCAUUUUUGUAUUGCCGGAAAUCCCCAGUAUCACCUGAUUUGCACCAUCCUGUUGUUUCACAUGAAUAUGGGAACGGUCUAGCUAUAGAGAGUGCGUGGAUUGGGACACGAGACUACAGCUCUCAGCUGGUUAUUCCUGAAGUUUUGGAAUUCACUAGACGGUUUGAAGGUGGCCUUGAGGGAAUUCGGAAUAGAAACCAUGAUAAGGCGGUGGAAAUGGCCCAAAUGUUGGCUAAGGCAUGGGGCACGAAUCUUGGUUCGCCUCCUGAGAUGUGUCCGAGCAUGGCUAUGAUUGGGUUGCCUUCUAAAUUGGGGGUUUUGACCGAUGAUGAUGCGCUGAAGUUGAGAUCACACUUGAGAGACCACUUUCUGGUGGAAGUUCCCAUUCAUUGUGAGGUGCCAAGAGAUGGGGAGACCAGAGCCAUGGAUGCAGAUGGUUGCAUAACUGGAUAUGUCAGGAUCUCUCACCAAGUGUACAAUACUCUUGAUGAAUAUAUCAGACUGAGAGAUGCAAUUAUUCAACUUACCCAAAAUGGAGUGACCUGGAAGACGAUUCAAAGCUAAUGAUGAGGUUUUAGAGAGAAGAGUGGAGAGACCGGGAUGAAUAAACUGCAUGUGGCAUGCUCUCGUAUGUGUGAAUUUACCCUGAGGACUGAGGAGUGACGAAUUCGGAGAAUGCUGCUGAUUAGCCAAGCAGAGACUGUCAUGUACGCAAUGAAAGCGUUGAGAUUCUCUUAUUUGAGACAUGAGAGUUAACAACUAGUAGAAGCUAACAUCCUACUUCAUGUAUCAGACUGACCAAUAAAUUUGUAACUAUUUGUGAGUAUGUUGUCUUUGAAAAUCUAGCCGUGAAGAUGACUCUCUGGUCGUA